AUGGAAGAUGAAUCCACCAAGGUCGAAGCUGUUGCCGCUUAUGAGGAGAUAAUCACCACGACAAAGAACAGCAAGGUUGUGAUUGACGAGAAGACUAUGUCGAUGGUGAAGAGCCGUAUGACUGAAGCCUAUGUUCAUGUCCACCGGAUGGGCAUCUCGUCGGCAGCAACAACCGAAAAAGCCAUCACUGUACUCCAGGAGAGACUUCAGCAGCUCAAGAGCAUACACGGGAGUGCCCACUCCGAAUGUCUGUCCAUCCUCAGCGAAUUGAUCUCAAUGCGCUACAAAACCAAAAAGACAUCGGAAGACGAGCAUACUAUCAUUCGCAUGCUUCAAGAAAACACUGUCGAGAUCAUAACCAAGGAGCAGCGAUCUCAAGUACUUUUCGAGGCAGCAAAUGCGCUCAGUGCUAUUUACAUCACCUGUGGAUACCACACUCAUGGUCUUGAGCUCGUACAGGCUGCCAGACGUCAAAUCAUCACAGGUCAUGUAGAUGCAAAGCAUGGUUUCAAGUUCGAUAAGUCGAUCGGUCGCAUCGCCUUUGUUUUCCUCGUCACCUUCGAGCUGUCGCUCAAGGGCUCUUCUGGCCACAACUACUCCGAAGUAAUGGCAGAUUGGUUGACCGAGUCUGUCUUAUUCAACAACUACUCUCGCUGUCUGACCGCUCAAGUCAAGACCGAACAACUGCUCUUACGCAGUGCUCAUAUCAGAUCUUUCUGGGCCCACCGUUCGCGCCACGAAGAACUCGACAUGCUCGACCAACGUGUGUUCGAAGUCUUCAAUAAACAAUUCGGCAAUGCUCUCAAGACCAGGCCAGAGAUAAUCAAGAUCUUCUUGACCUCGCUACUGGUACAUAUUGGAUCCGGUGAUGCUUACGAAAUUCAAGUUGCCAGAGCCGCAUCCAUUGCCGGAAACCACAAGAUCGAAGCACUGGUCCGAAGUGGCAAGUAUCAGGAAGCAGUUGAGGUCGCACACUGUACUUUCCACUUCGUCAUGACCCAAGGCGGCUACCAGCAAGCCGGUUUGAUCGGUUAUGGAUUCAAGCUAGCCAAGUACAUGACCAUGAAGGACAACAUCGCCGCUGAGACACACACCAAGAUGCUACAAGCUUCGCGAGAAAUCAUGGCAGAAGUCUUGAAGGCAUGCAAGACUUUGGAGAUCAAUUUCUCCCAGCUGCACGACCACGAACUCAACGAUCUCGUCGAGCUCCUGGGAGAGCAAGAGAACUACAAAGAGCUAGAUAUCAUUCUCGAGUCUCUGUGGAAGUCGCGUUCGGGCCAGAAGAACUGGAGCGAGGAUACACUGAUCAAUCUCGGAGAGCGUCUCGUGGUAUCGCGCCACUUGGCAUCUGACAAAGGUCACUCUCACCGCGCCAUUCACCUCGCCGAAGACAUCACGUACAAUUUGCGUCGUGUACUCGGUGGUCUUCACCCUCACACUGUGAAGAUGUCGAAUCUGCUGUCUCAACUGUAUACCGGCGCGAAGCUGUACGGAGAUGCUCUCAACGUGCACGAGGAGAUCUUGCAACUCAUCGUUUCGGGUGAUGAUGGUGAAGAUCGUACUAUCGACACUGUCAGCGCUGCAACCGCUCGCCAGCAAGUUGACCUUUUGAAGGCUGCUUACCAGCGCAACGGUGGUUGGAUCAAGUCUGCAGACUUCUACAAGAAGCUCGUGACCGAUGUGACAAAGAUGUACUCCAAAACCGCUGACUUCCAGAACAUUCAACCCGUAAAGGACUGGCAAGCCAAGCCUGACAACACCACUGCCAGUCUGGGUGUCUUUGUGAAGCCUCAGCAAUGGAUGUUUGUCGUCAAGGAUGAUGUUCUGCCACCCAAGAGUGGAAAGCAUGUGCAUGGCAGUACUUCUGAGGAAGGGUUCCAGCGCGCCCCUCAACCUUUGAAGAAAGGCAAGCAGAUUGGGUGGAGUCUGAGACGUGUUUCUGACCUUUGGGGUAUGAGACAGCCAAGUGCUGGAAGAUUGGAUGCCGAGAUUACGAUUUGA